GAACGAGCAGCCCCCGUUUCUCCUAACAGAGAGACGCGUUUUGGGGGGCUGCGUCCUUCGCGCCUAAACGGAGCCCCAACCUGCGCCCGCCCGCCUUGCUUUUCUCCCCCCCUCCACUCCUGCUGGAGAGCGUUGUGGAGUCAGGGCUGCUCAAAGCGGGCGGGGCCGGUAGUGUCAGGUACUGGUGCUCGACGCGAGGCUCCCCUGUGUGAUGCGGCUGGGAGGAGCACCCCUGGGUGCACAGACAUUCGCCAGGCUGCUAGGACAAAAUCUGCUUUGUUGAAAGUCAUGGCAAAAUCCGGAGGAAAAGGAGUGAAUCUGAAGGACAAACUGGAAGGCAAUGAGUUGGACUUAAGCUUGUGUGACCUGAAUGAGGUGCCCGUUAAAGAGCUGGCAGGGCUUCCAAAGGCUACUGUUUUGGACCUGUCAUGUAACAACCUCACCUCUUUACCAUCAGACUUCUGCAGUUUGACCCACUUGGUGAAAUUGGACCUGAGUAAAAAUCAGCUUCAACAGCUGCCCUCGGACUUUGGCCGUUUGAUUAACUUGCAACACCUGGACCUUUUGAACAAUCGAUUAGUUACCCUGCCAAUCAGUUUUGCUCAACUCAAGAACCUGAAGUGGCUGGAUCUGAAGGACAACCCAUUGGAUUCCACACUGGCUAAGGUCGCUGGAGAUUGUUUGGAUGAAAAGCAGUGUAAACAGGCUGCUAUUAAGGUUCUGCACUAUAUGAAAUCCAUCCAAUCUGAGCUGGACCGUGAGAGACAACGAAAACUACAGGCAGAGCGAGAACUAGAGAAGAAACGUGAAGCAGAACAACGAGCAAGGGAGGCCCAAGAGCGGGAACUGCGGAAGAGGGAAAAGGCAGAAGAGAAAGAACGCAGGAGAAGGGAGUAUGAUGCUCUGAAAGCUGCAAAGCAGGAAAAGGAUCAACACACAAAGAAAGAAAAUGGUGAGAAUCCAGAACUCUCAGUUUCCCAUUCAUCAAAGCGACAUCAGUCCAAGCGUUCUUGGUACAGAAUCCUGCUGAAGCUGCUGCUGUUCCUGCUGCUAAGUGCCCUCAGUACUUUGAUCAUCUGCAAGGUUACAGAUCUGCAGCACAAGUCUGUGUGCAUCAGCGUGAACAGGCUCUAUGAAGACGCACUCACCAUUUUGCAGAGCCAUAGAAUUAUGCGGAACGUCCUGCAGCUAAACUCACAGCAGUAAUGUUGGCUCAGCCCUGAAGGACUCUUCCAAACUCAGCAUCUUGUCAACUGUUUCCAUAUUGGUACAGUCAGAAUUCCUAUGGAAUUGUGCUCUGGUGAAAAUUGCCUUUAGUCAUUCAGCGUUGGCUUUGGUGGCCUCCCUCAAGUAGAACAGAAUCACAAGCCAGAUCCCCCUCCUCUGCCGCUGCUGCGGCUAAUCAGAACUUAAUGCCAUUUCUUCUCCUCACAGAAGAGCCUUUUCUGGGCUGCAAAAAAAAAGAGGUUGCUUGCCUGCAAGGCUUAACAUCUAACCUUGUUCUGAGGGGUGAUCUAUCUGUCAUCUCUGAAGAAAAUUUUGUAUAUGUAUUCUUUAAAUGUUGUGUUGCUGCAGGGAACAAACACUAUGUGGGCUGGCUCAGUUCCUGUACAAUAGAGUGUGGAACUGAUGUGGUAAAUGUUAUCAAUAUAUAUAUAGAUUUACUCAUAAACUUGGUGUGUGAAUCAUAGGUGGAAACUUGCUGUUUUUCCAUGCCACAGCUUCUAAUUUAAACCCCUUCUUGCUUAGCAGUUCAUUCUGAAGCCUGAUGCAGCUGGGGAUGGUGCUGGUACAACAGUGCCGCCUCCAGAGAGCUUCCAAGCAGCACAGGGAGGCAGCUAAAAGAAAAACCCCAGUCACCUGGAAGCCUUCCAUAAGGCUUGAUGGAGUUACACCACCCAAGGUGGUGGUGGAAGUCCAAAACCUCAGCGUUCCCAACCUAAAGGCUGGGUGGAAGCUGACUAAAGUCUGUUCCACUUUUCUGCAUCAAGUUAGACACCUCUGUUCCACUGUGACAACCCCAACUUACAAGGUUUGUUGUUAUGGAGCUAAGAGGCACCUAGCCACUGGCAUCUUUGCCCUGCCCAUUAGAGGGGUGUCCUUACGCCAAUGCAGCCUUGCACCACCUCGACUGGCCCACUCUGCCGCAUAGGAUAGGGCUGUAAGUUGCCUAUCAGAUUUGCCAUAACCUUCCCUUCCCCAGUCUCUGAUGUCUACCAAGAAAAGUGGCCAAAUAAGCUCCAUCUUUGCAAAAAGAAAUCGUUUCACUGUUUUAAGACUUUGACUUGUAUGAAGUCCUGUUUGCAUACAGUUACUGAAAGCUAGUACUCAACAGAUCCUUCUUAUUAGUCUUAGAGCUUGAAUUUGCAUACACCUGGGAACAUGAUAAAAUUAGUUAUUCCUCCGUUUGGAAUGUCUGGUAGAGAUGCCUGCUCUGUGUUCCUAUGCUUGCUUGACAGGGAAGAAUAAGCAAAUUCCCUAAUAGGGGUCUAUCUCUGUGAUUAAGUAUAAGAAUAAUAUGCCCGGUUAGAAUCUUCACACAAGGGCAGUGAGAACUUGCCUAUUUUUCACAUUUCCCCAAGUUUCAAACAAGCAAGCACAUGAAAACAAAAUUCUGCAGGCUGCAUUCUCAACAAAACUGUCGAAGCACUUGGCAGCCUUAGCCACGUUUAUAAUCAACUAGGAUGCAAGUCCCAUUGAUUUUAGUGAGACCUCAAGGUAAACAGAUACAGGAUUUGAACAAGGCAAGGCUUUAAAAGACAGCUCACAGGGAAGCAGCACAAGGGAAAGACCGUAGAAUCAGUGAUGUUUGUGUGAUCAAAUUAAGGGUAAAAAUAUCCUCAACGAUUUAGUGUAAUAAAAUUACUGUACUGCUCUUAAGUCGCUGUUAUCCAAAUUCUGUAAUCCAUUGUGCCUUCAAAUGUAAUCCAAUCUUUUGACCGAUAUGCACAUACUAUAGGUUGGGCUCUUGCAAACAAGUUUAAGGCCUUACAUAACCUAUGGAAUUAAAGGAGACUAUUCUUCCAGUUUGGCAGAUAGGCUGCUGUAAGCUGAAACAGGAAUAUGUGAAGUCAAAAUCAUUCACAGACAGUUUUAACUUCCACUAUUCUGCUUUGAGGUUAACACUGAUAGGGUGUGAUAACUAUGUACUGCUUGUGGUUAUAUAGCAGUUUGUACUAAUACAUUUGGGGUGAGAGCUGCUUUUUAAAAAAAAAGUUUAUUUGCAAGACUGCUAAUGUAUCUGAUGAAAGCAAAAGUUUUAAAUUAGUUGGAAUGGAUGACGAUAGAUUUGGGAUUGCAGCUGAGAAUACUUCUAUAUACACAGGAACAACAAAGUCACUUUUCUCCAGUCUCUGGGCAACUUUUAUUUUUUGAAAGAAAUGUUUAAUGCUCCCCCCCCGCCCCCAAUAAUAAAAUUAAUAGUUUGUACAGA